CAAAGUGCAAACAAUAGUAUUGAUGUGAAAUUUUGCGAUCGAAACAGUAAAUUUAACUUAACGAGAAAUAAUACCAUUAUCCUUUUUAAAUAGCGCGCUUUCCAAGUCACUCGAAUUAUCAUUUUAUUAUUUUCAUAUUACAAUCAAUCAACCACCUACCUGGUAAUAUGAUAGUUGUUGGUAUCCAGGACUCUUACUGCCCUGAGACAAACGCGCUCAAUCAAACUACAAGAUAUAAAAGUCCACAAAUCACUACCAGACUGAUUCGAACUAGUAGAUUUGGGUGGUUAGACUACUAACUACUGAACAUUGCCAAAUACUUGGAACCUCGCCGGACUAACAAUAUACGAGCGCAAAGAAGUCAAUCGGCUUAUACAAGCUCGCGACAAAAAUCUUAGAGAUAUUGGAAAUGAGUGAUAGCAAAUGAAAUUUGAAGUUUAUAAACUUCAACCCUAUAGGGUUGUGGCGCUGGCGUAUGUUUGGUUUAACUAAGGUAGAAAGUUCGUUACUGAAAUGUGCGUUUGUUUUGAGGUCGAUCUUUGCGUUAAUAAUAUCUUUCAGUAGUCUUCUUCCUGAUCAUGCUGCUGACGCUUUUAAACCCCCGGAGGAACCUUAUGCUGGAUGGGUGGAUAAGAUUACCCGAAUAUUCUUUCAGGGGUUUUGCAAAUGGGAUUGCAUUUAUUUCACUUUUAUCGCAAACUACGGUUAUAUCUUUGAAAAUAGCCUUGUCUUUCUCCCUGGUUUUCCCAUGUUACUAGGCUUAUUAGGUCGUUUGGCUUUAAGAGUUAGUGUACAUUCUCUGAGUUUAUCUUCUUCAAUCCUUUUAUGUGGAUUUUUGUCAAACUUUGUUUUAAAUCUAGCCUCCGCAGUUUUUUUAUAUCGCCUAGGAGUUAUGAUACUGGGUUCUGUAAAAGUUAGUUUUCUUGCUUCGUUACUAUUUUGUUGUAAUCCAGCUACAGUGUUCUUUUCAUCACUUUACUCUGAGUCAUUGUUUUUCUUUUUUACAAUUUCUGGGUUAUAUUUUAUGUAUGUCAACAAGAUCUUAUUGUCUUCUUUGUUAAUCGCGUUUUCUGUUAUGUGCAGAAGCAAUGGGUUGCUAAACAUAGGAUAUUUAGGUUACUUCAUGGUCGUUCGUUCAAACUUCCGGGUGUUAAUAUGGAUAGAUGAAGUUCACAAAACCAGAAAGUCCCUCAUAUCUUUCUUGCUCUUGUCCAUCAAGUGGUGGGUCAACGUUGUUGUUUUCUUCAUGCCACGCCUUGUAUUACUCUUUUUAUGCUCUCUCCCUUUUUUAUUGUAUCAAACCUACGGUUACUUUUUAUAUUGUUCUCGCGUGCAAUCGUCUGACACUGUAUUUCCGUCAAAAAUUCCUGUACCACUGCUUACCUAUGGCCUGGAUCAUGGCUUCUCAAUACCAGUUCGCCUUACAAACGAAUCUAGUUCUUCUCACUUACCAGUUUGGUGUUCGUUUGCACCUCCAUUCUCAUAUUCUCAUAUACAAAAGAGUCAGUGGAAUGUUGGCUUGUGGGAAUAUUACCAGCUACGGCAAAUUCCAAAUUUUAUUCUGUCCUUACCCGUAGUUACUUUAUGCUUUAUAUGUGCGAUUAUGUUUUACCGAAGAGCCCCAAAAGCAUAUAGAACCUUUGGGCUAUGUGCAGAAUGCGAAAUGGACCGUAUCAUGGUGCCGUAUGUGUUUCAUAUGCUGUUUUUGUGCUCUUACGGGGUUCUCCACAUAAAUGUUCAAGUGUUAACACGUAUGAUAUUUUCAUCUUGUCCUGUUAUCUAUUGGUUUUGUGCAUAUCUUCUUUGUGAAACGUUGCCCAAUUUCGAGCCAUUAAUAAUGAAUAAACACAAUAGUAAUUCUCUGAUCAAUAUUAGAUUUGAAUUGUAUCAUUAUUUAGUAGAUAUUUAUAAAGCAUUAAAUCCUUUUCAAUAUCAUUUAGUUAAACAUCGUAUUGUGCUUUGUUAUUUCUUAAGUUAUGCUAUUAUAGGCUGUAUUUUACAUCCUAAUUUUUUACCAUGGACAUAGUACCCCCCCCGCCUUUUUUUUCUCUUUUUGUGUUUUCUAAUAAGAUUAAUCAUUAUAAUAAAUAAAAUGGUUUAAAGUUUUAAUUAACCAGUAUCUUGUGGUCAAUUGUUAGAUUUUUCCUGUAGAUUGGUAAGACAAUUUGUUUAUAUUUAGUGUCUGUUUACUGUCAAAUGGUACAUGGUGUAUUUUGUAUGUAUGUAUAUGUGUGUUUAUGUGAGUUGGCAACCUUUUCUUUCUUGUAUCAGAUUGGAUUUUUAUUAUCAACCGAUUACAUAACCUUGUCUUUAAAUCUGUUAUAUCUUUUACUCUUGUUGGUCUUCUAACUCUACUGUUUUAAAGAAAAUACUGUUAAACUGAACAAUAGCCAUUCAGUCAGUCAGUAAUUCAGUAACAAUGUAGAACUUCGUACGUACGUACGUAUGUACAUCAGUCCGAGUUGCCACACCACAAUAGACAUUCAUUUGGUACUGAUGAUUUUUAUUUUUAACUACAAAACUUAUGGAUUAAUGUAAUGCUUUGAUAAAGAACUAAUUGAAGAGAAAUUGAAAAGAAUCCAGAAUAGAGGAGGUGAUGUUGCAGUUGCUAAUAGUCGGAUUUCCAGAAAGAAUUAUGGAAUUGUGAUGAAGAUAGUAAAUUAUUCUAUAUUUAGAACUCAAAUUAAAUAAGUAUUUGAACACUAAUAAGACUAUAUAAGCGUGAAAACUUAAAAGGGUUAUUCGAUUACAAUCAUAGUCACCAUGGCAGAGAAAGGUUCACCGCUUUAUUAAUUAUUUUGAAUGUAUGGCUAAAUUUGAUUUUGUGUCCAUCAGGACCCUGACGAUUGAACUUGUUUAGAGUUUACUGACUAUCAGACAGGUCCCUUGGAAUGUGUUUAAGCUUCUACCGAAGUUUAUGAACACGUAUCUUUAUAAUCGAAUGAUCUUUUUAAGUUUUCUGUCUUGCAUGAUAUCGUUGAUGCUCAAAUAUAAAUUCGACAUGUUCCAACUACACAAUUGUACAAUAAUUUACUAUUUCCACUACAACUGUAUAGUCUUUUUAUAAAAAAAAGUCUGAUUAUUAGAAACUAUGGCACUACCCCCUUUAUUUUGUAUUAUUAUUGUUAUUACUAUUAAUAUGUAGAUAUUCGUUAACCUUAACUAUGUUCAAUCAAAUAUAUCAUAUCUUGUUCUUUUGCCU